AUUUGGCGCCGUGUGUAGCACAUUGCCUAGCGCAUGACCAUCGGGGCGCUACCCGGCUGACCGGUGCUGUCAUACUUGUCAGUCCGUGCCCGUUUACAAACCGUACGUCUCAGGGCGUGUACGGCGUUUCUUUUGUAAAUAACAAGGUUUUCGCGAACGCGUCUUCGACAACCGAUCUAUCCACCGGCUCCUCGACACUUCGCCGUCCAUCUCGAACAGUGAAAACUCCACCUACGGUAGGAGAAACAACAGUGCGGCCAUAUUACGUUCCCCUUACUCAAAACACGCUCCACGAUAUGGUCGUGCAGGCAACCAAUCUAACCGGUCGGCGAUAGUUUGUCUGCCGUUCACGCGAGAAAUAUCCGUGUCAUUUUUUUUUCCAGUUUUGAAUCGCGAACUGCUGUAGGUGUCUUCGCGCGUGUGGUUUGUUUACGGUUCUGGUCCUUCUUGGAAGCAGCGGGUGGCUGUGAUGACGAUGAUCUACUGACCCCGAUCCAAUCUGAGUCUUUUCGGUGGUAAAAGUGUGCUUCUUAGGGCAGGGUCAGCAUGGCAGAGGACGAGGUGCUGUUCGACGACGUCUACGAGCUCUGCGAGGAGAUUGGAAGGGGACCAUUCAGUAUAGUGAGGAGAUGUUUGCAUCGCCAAACUGCUCAGGAGUUUGCUGUGAAAGUGGUAGACGUUGGAAAAUUCACAUCUAGCCCUGGACUGACUACUGAAGAUCUGAAGAGAGAAGCCACGAUAUGUCACAUGCUGAAGCAUCCACACAUCGUGGAGCUCUUGGAAACGUACUCCUCGGAGGGGAUGCUGUACAUGGUGUUCGAAUUCAUGAGUGGAUCGGAUCUGUGCUACGAGAUCGUCAGAAGGGCUUCCGCAGGGUUCGUGUACAGCGAGGCUGUCGCGAGCCACUACAUGCGUCAGAUACUGGAGGCCCUGAGGUAUUGCCAUGAGAACGACAUCAUCCACAGGGACAUCAAGCCUGAGUGCGUCCUGCUGGCCACGAUGGAGAACUCGGCUCCUGUCAAACUGGGCGGCUUCGGCGUGGCCAUCCAGCUGACUGACAGGAUGUCGGCGCCCACCAGCGGUAGAGUAGGCUGUCUACAUUUCCUGGCGCCGGAGGUGAUCGAGAGGCGUCAGUACGGCAAGACGGUGGACAUCUGGGCGGCUGGCGUCAUGCUCCACGUCCUGCUGACGGGGACGCUGCCUUUCCAUGGCAGCGGCAGGAGGCUGAUGGAGAAAAUAUGUAGGGGAAAGUUGCACUUCGACACACCGCACUGGGAAUUCGUCAGCGACAGCGCCAGAGAUUUGGUACAGCAGAUGCUGACAGUCGAUCCUAAGAAGCGGGUGACGAUACAAGAAGUGCUCAAACACAGGUGGAUUAGGGAUCGGGAGAAAGGUCUUCGUAUCCACCUGACCGAGGCCAUCGACGAACUGAAGAAGUACAACGCAAGGCGGAAACUGAAGGCCGCUAUACUUUCGGCUGUGAACUCUGGCAAGUGGGACCUUUACGACGACAUCAAUGAAGACGCUCUCUCUGACCAGGAGGAGGAGAAACGGGAAGAGGACGAGGUCUCUUCGUGCGCGGUGGCUACAAUUUUGGACGCUUUAGAUGACAUUCAGUGCCUUCAAGAGUCAAACUUCCAUGACAGAGCGCAUCUGCUAGAACUUCUGGACGACACCCACCUACACGCCAUACUAGAGCUGUUCGAUCUUAUACCGGCUCGUGUGGGGACACCUAUACGCGUCCCGCCGAGCGACGCCGUGCAGAGGGCGCGCGACGUCGCAGACGCCCUCAGAGAACUGGAACACAGGAGGGACGUCGAUAACAGGGAUCUACAGGAGCUGAGAGACUUGCUCGGCAACUCGUUUUUCAAGGCCCUGCUGCAAGCCCAUGACGUCGUUGCCCACGAGAUAUAUGGCGAAGACGCCAUGCGGGUCACGCCGCCCCCAAUGCUCCCCUACCUCAACGGGGGUGAGGAGCUGGACGGGUCCAAUGGAGAGGUCGAAAUGGAGAACGUGACCAGGGUUCGACUUGUACAGUUUCAGAAGAACACCGACGAGCCUAUGGGUAUCACCCUGAAAAUGAACGAGGACGGCAAGUGCAUAGUGGCGAGGAUAAUGCACGGCGGCAUGAUACACCGCCAGGCUACACUGCACGUCGGCGACGAGAUCAGGGAGAUCAACGGCAUCCCGGUCCAGAACCAGUCGGUCAGCUCCUUGCAGAAGAUUCUUAGGGAAGCAAGAGGCUCGGUAACAUUCAAAAUUGUUCCAUCGUAUAGAAGUGCCCCUCCUCCCUGUGAGUUAUUCCGGAUAAAGCCCCUACCAGUGCUUUCUCCUCCUUUGCAGAUCUUUGUACGUGCUCAAUUCGACUAUGAUCCUCUAGAGGACGACCUCAUCCCUUGUGCCCAGGCUGGUAUAGCUUUCAAAACAGGUGAUAUCCUCCAAAUCAUUAGUAAAGACGAUCACCAUUGGUGGCAAGCCAGAAAGGAUAAUUCCGCAGGAUCAGCAGGACUAAUCCCUUCGCCGGAGCUGCAGGAAUGGAGGGCCGCAUGCGCAGCGAUGGAAAAAACCAAACAAGAACAAGUCAAUUGCUCAAUAUUUGGUCGUAAGAAAAAACAAUACAAGGACAAAUAUUUAGCAAAACACAAUGCUGUUUUCGACCAAUUAGAUUUAGUAACAUAUGAAGAGGUUGUUAAGUUGCCUAUGACUGACCCCGCCUUUCAGAGAAAAACCUUAGUUUUAUUAGGUGCCCAUGGUGUCGGCAGAAGACAUAUAAAGAAUACCAUGAUAGCUAGGCAUCCGGAUCAAUAUGCUUAUCCAAUACCCCAUACAACCAGACAACCAAGAGCCGAAGAAGAGAAUGGCAGGAACUAUUUUUUCGUCUCUCAUGACGAGAUGAUGGGAGACAUUGCCGCAAACGAGUAUCUGGAAUACGGUACGCACGAGGAGGCUAUGUACGGCACCAAGCUGGACACGAUCAGAAAGAUACAUCAGGAGGGCAAGAUGGCCAUAUUGGACGUCGAGCCGUUGGCGUUGAAGGCGCUUCGCACCGCCGAGUUCGCUCCCUACGUCGUCUUCAUAGCAGCUCCCAUCAUACAGAACGUCAAUGAUUAUGACGGCAGCCUAGAGAGAUUAGCCAAAGAGUCAGACAUGCUGCGGCAGGCAUACGGCCACUACUUCGACCUGACGAUAGUCAACAACGACAUCGACGACACCAUAGCGGCUCUGGAGAGCGCCAUCGAGAAGGUGCAGACGACACCGCAGUGGAUACCGGUGUCGUGGGUCUACUGACAGCAAGCGUGCACGGAAUUCGGCUCUCUCCAGAACUUCUGAGCUCUUGCCAUCGUCAGUUUUCUCAACUUAAUAUUCGUGUUACUCGAAUCGCUCCUGAUCGCUAUGCACUAGAAGUUUGUGCAAUGAAAAUUCAAAAAUGUAUAUACGUAAGAGUAAUAUGCCUGUUGGUUGGUUAAAAUAAGGUGAUAUUCAAGCUGAAGGCUUCGUUUUUGGUCGGGUUUCAUGUUACAGAAAAUAAAGGUCCAUCUCGGACGGUUCAACUGGAAGAUGCUCCACGUGAAGAUAAGAUUAUCUCCCUCGAGGAUAAAAUGUUUCCUUGAGUCAUAUCCGACGAGGAGGUACAUUUUUCAUUGCAGCAUUGGCAGCCAAUGCUAGAAUGAGGAGUAUACUCGUUGGAUAGAGCCAAUUUUUAAGGAAUUGUCGUUAAUUCUAACUUACUGUCGUUUUUCAGAAGAAUCUAAAAGGUUCUUCAGCGAUUAAAAUAUAGGAUAUAAGAAUUGCCAGACGGGUCUUUUAAGUUCGAUUUCUGCUCCAUUCGAAACACGAAAUUUGGUGUUAUAUGUCUUGUAUAUAUUAUCAAAACACUGCCAUCUCUCCUCUUCCCGUUGAACUAUCCGCGGACGUCUGUUGAUCCGGAGGACGAAAGUAACAUGAUAUACUAAGGCUGGAAAACUACAUCGAACACUCAAAAUUAAUAAACUAAUUGAUAAUGUAAUCUAGUCCAAAUCGGAAAAAUACCCCGAAAAUGUUACCCAAGAAGAAAAACUGUAAAUAAGUAUUUUUCCGGUCUGCAAUUUGAACUUGAAUACAUUCUGUUGAUAAUUA